AGUCCCCAAACUGUCUUCCAGGAGUUUUCUUGGCCGAAGCUGGCCGAUGUUUGAGCCUUUUCUUCCCAGGGAAGAAGAUGGACUGAAAGCUGCCCGUUGGGGACUUUGUGCGAUCAGGGCACUGCUGGGUUUUAAAGGAGGUGAUGGGGCUUGCGCUGGCUUGUCUUCCCACUCAAGUGAAGAGUUGUUGAUGUUCACUGGUUAUGCUUAGACAAUGCGCAGUUUGUUUUAAUUUAAAAUUUUGGGGGGGAUAGGGGUAUAGGCUUGUGAAGGGCAGUCCGGAUCCGGUGGAACUCCUCUUUGUACCUUGGUAGGAGAGACACCCCCAGUCUGUCCUCGAUGCCGUCAGCCUUGGCCAUCUUCACUUGCCGCCCGAACUCGCACCCAUUUCAGGAGCGCCAUGUCUACCUGGACGAGCCCAUUAAAAUCGGCCGCUCCGUGGCCCGCUGUCGACCAGCGCAGAAUAAUGCUACCUUUGAUUGCAAAGUGCUGUCAAGGAACCAUGCUCUCGUUUGGUUUGAUCACAAGACGGGCAAGUUUUAUCUCCAAGACACUAAAAGUAGUAACGGUACCUUUAUAAAUAGCCAGAGAUUGAGUCGAGGCUCUGAAGAAAGUCCACCAUGUGAAAUUCUUUCUGGUGACAUUAUCCAGUUUGGGGUAGAUGUAACGGAGAACACACGGAAAGGUACGGUUACCCAUGGGUGUAUUGUUUCCACAAUAAAACUUUUUCUACCAGAUGGUAUGGAAGCCCGACUCCGCUCAGAUGUCAUCCACGCUCCAUUGCCAAGUCCUGUUGACAAAGUUGCUGCUAACACUCCAAGUAUGUACUCUCAGGAACUAUUCCAGCUUUCCCAGUAUCUACAGGAGGCCUUACAUCGGGAACAGAUGUUGGAACAGAAGUUAGCCACACUUCAGCGGCUACUAGCCAUCACCCAAGAGGCUUCAGAUACCAGUUGGCAGGCUUUAAUAGAUGAAGAUAGACUCUUAUCACGGUUAGAAGUUAUGGGAAACCAAUUACAGGCAUGCUCCAAAAAUCAAACAGAAGAUAGUUUACGGAAGGAACUUGUAGCAUUACAGGAGGAUAAACACAACUACGAGACGACAGCCAAAGAGUCCCUGAGGCGGGUUCUUCAGGAGAAAAUUGAAGUGGUUAGAAAACUUUCAGAAGUUGAGCGAAGUCUGAGUAAUACUGAAGAUGAAUGUACCCAUCUUAAAGAAAUGAAUGAACGGACUCAGGAAGAAUUAAGAGAAUUAGCCAAUAAAUAUAAUGGAGCAGUUAAUGAGAUUAAAGAUUUAUCUGAUAAAUUAAAGGUAGCAGAGGGAAAACAAGAAGAAAUCCAACAGAAGGGACAAGCUGAGAAAAAAGAAUUACAACAUAAAAUAGAUGAAAUGGAGGAAAAAGAACAGGAGCUCCAGGCAAAAAUAGAAGCUUUGCAAGCUGAUAAUGACUUCACCAAUGAAAGGCUAACAGCUUUACAAGUACGGUUAGAACAUCUUCAGGAGAAAACUCUUAAAGAAUGCAGCAGUUUAGGGAUACAAGUUGAUGACUUCUUACCUAAAAUAAAUGGGAGCACAGAAAAAGAGCACUUGCUUUCAAAGAGUGGCGGGGACUGCACUUUUAUUCAUCAAUUCAUAGAAUGCCAGAAGAAGCUGAUCGUCGAGGGGCAUCUAACCAAAGUGGUAGAAGAAACAAAGCUUUCAAAAGAAAACCAGGCAAGAGCAAAAGAAUCUGAUUUGUCAGAUACUCUGAGUCCAAGCAAGGAAAAGAGUAGUGACGACACUACAGACGCCCAAAUGGAUGAGCAAGACCUAAAUGAACCUCUUGCUAAAGUGUCCCUAUUAAAAGAUGACUUGCAGGGUGCACAGUCAGAAAUUGAGGCAAAACAAGAAAUUCAGCAUCUUCGCAAGGAAUUGAUUGAAGCCCAGGAACUAGCUAGAGCAAGUAAACAAAAAUGCUUUGAACUUCAAGCUCUUUUGGAAGAAGAAAGAAAAGCCUAUCGAAAUCAAGUUGAGGAAUCCAGUAAACAAAUACAGGUUCUUCAAGCCCAACUACAGAGGUUACACAUCAAUAUUGAGAAUCUCCGGGAGGAGAAGGACAGUGAAAUCACAAGCACUCGAGAUGAACUGCUUAGUGCCCGAGAUGAAAUUUUGCUCCUUCAUCAAGCAGCAGAAAAGGCUGCUUCUGAGCGGGACACUGACAUUGCCUCGUUACAAGAAGAGCUUAAGAAGGUGCGAGCUGAGCUUGAGCGGUGGCGGAAAGCAGCGUCUGAAUAUGAGAAAGAAAUCACGAGUCUGCAAAAUAGUUUUCAGCUUCGAUGUCAGCAGUGUGAGGAUCAGCAGAGAGAGGAAGCAACAAGGCUACAAAGUGAACUAGAGAAGUUGAGAAAGGAAUGGAAUGUAUUGGAAACCGAAUGCCAUUCUCUAAAAAAGGAAAAUGUUUUGUUAUCAUCAGAACUGCAGCGGCAAGAAAAAGAAUUGCACAAUUCUCAGAAGCAGAGUUUAGAGCUUACCAGUGAUCUCAGCAUCCUUCAGAUGACUAGAAAACAGCUUGAGAAUCAAGUGGGAUCCUUGAAAGAACAGCAUCUUCGGGAUUCAGCUGAUUUAAAAACUCUUCUCAGUAAGGCUGAAAACCAAGCAAAGGAUGUACAGAAAGAGUAUGAAAAGACACAGACUGUACUCUCAGAACUGAAGUUGAAGUUUGAAAUGACUGAGCAGGAAAAACAAUCAAUCACAGAUGAGCUCAAACAAUGUAAAGACAACCUGAAGCUGCUCCGAGAGAAAGGAAAUAAUCCUUCCAUAUUACAACCCGUCCCAGCCGUAUUCAUCGGCCUAUUCCUGGCUUUCCUGUUUUGGUGUUUCGGUCCAUUGUGGUAGAGAAAGAAACCCUGGCCCUGGAUGCCCAUGUUGGCUGCCCUGGUUGCGGUGACAGCCAUCGUGCUGUACGUGCCAGGUCUGGCCAGAGCUUCUCCAUGAGAGCGUUUCUUGAGUCCGUACACCGUCCUCCCUUUAGAAGCUGGCAUCACACUCAUGCUGGGGACAAACAGAACCAUUUUCUUCCUUUUUACCUCUUAAGACAGCAGAAGUGCAAGAAUACAGCUGUAGGGUCAUUGCUUUAAAUUAUAUAAAAUGUAUCUAUCUAUAAAGAGGAUAUAAAAUUGUGACUUUAUUCUACUGUAAGCAAUAAUUUGCUUGCAAUUUUUCAUGUAAUUUUUAAAUUAGUAUGUUGAGAUUCUGAAUAUUAUGGUGGCCUAAAGUAGGCUUCUUGGUACACCAAAUUAUUUAUAACAUUAAAUUUAUGGGUAUUUUACUCUGAAUUCUAAUGGCCAGAUAAUUCAUUUUUCUGAUUCGAUAACUACCCAAACCAAACAACCAAUACAUACAUGGGAAGAGAGGCCCUGUGUGCUCAGUGCCUAUCAGUUUGAAAUAUAUACACAUAUAUAUAUAUUUUUUACAUAUUUACGCCAUUUUUACUUGUUAUAAAACCACUGAGCUAUUGGGAACAAGACUUAGAGACAACUAUUUGCGUGGAUUUUUCUUUCUUUCUUUCUUUCUUUCUUUCUUUCUUUCUUUCUUUUUAAGGAGAAAUACACUUGGAAAAUAUUCUGUUCUAGUGAUAAUUUGGGGAAUAUGUGCACGCUUGUUCAGCCUUAAUGUGACUUGACGAUGUGGAGGACAUCAACUUUGAAAAACUUUCCAUGAGAGUGCGUAUUUUCUUGAGCAAACUGAAGUAUUUCUGGGAGCAAAAACAGUAAUUCUACAAUUUCAGUGCAGUAAACCAAACUGUUGAGUCAAUUGGAAUGUAAUUUAUUAAACCUCAUGUAUUUAAAG